AUGAGUAAACCAAAGUCGGCUAUUUCAAGUCUCUCUCCAAGUAAGGAGAUGAUGGACUUAAAGUCUUUAAAGCGCCAGAGAACUGCAAAAACCAGCAUAGUGCGCAUAAAAACGGGUCUUCUUGAAAAGACUAUGUCGCUAGAUCCAAUCGAAUUGGAGUGCCGACUCGACAUAUUGAACUCCCACAGCGAAAAACUCAUGAAAUGUCAGUCGAAAAUUGAGGAAAUCGACGAAGAAGACAUCGCCCGUGGAGAGUUAGAGGACUUAAUUGUAGAAACAAAGUCCAUUAUAAAGUCCAUUUUGGCGAGAAAUAAAUCGGCAAUUGCCGAAACAUCUUUUAUUGCACCUCACAGCUCGCGACUACCAAAAAUGUCGUUACCCACAUUCAAAGGAGAAUAUUCCGAAUUUAAAAACUUUAUGAGUCUGCUUGAGAGUUUAGUGCACAAUGAUCCCACAAUCCCGGAUAUUGAAAAAUUUAAUCAUUUAGUAUCAUGUCUAUCCGGUGAAGCCUUAGGCACAGUGAAGUCCUUCCAAAUGUCGAAAGAAAAUUAUCCAAAGGCGUUGGCAAGUUUGAGAAAGGUGUAUGACAAUAAAUGUCUGAUAUUCUUUAAUAUAGUGUCUAAACUUUUUGAAUUGUCAAAUAUCCAAAGGCCUUCUGCGUCGUCUCUGCGAUCAAUGAUUGAUACAGUGUCUGCAGUAUAUGACUCCCUCUUAUCGCUGGGUGACGAUAAACUUAUUUCAAAUGCGAUGUUGAUUCACAUAGUCAUGUCGAAGGUUGAUCCCACUACUCGGUCAAAGUGGGAGGAGCAACUUGACUAUGAUAAGCUGCCGCUUUGGGCUGAGUGUGAAGCUAUGCUAAACAAGAGAUACCAGCAUUUAUCAGCUGAAGAAUCUUCCUCAUCCCAACAAAGGCCAAACAAUGAAGAUACGCGGCAGAAAACAAAAAAUCAACAACUGCGACACUCAAAGACAACAUAUAUAGCGACGAAUUCCAAACUGCCGACUUGCCUUCACUGUGGUUCCAAGGACCAUAAUUUGACAGCUUGUCCAAAAUUCCAAGCGCUUACUGCACUUAAAAGAUUUGAAUUAGCAAAAUCUAUUUCCCUGUGCAUAAAUUGCUUGCGCAAGGGACAUACGGUCUCAAAGUGCAAAGCAGAUCGCCGUGGUGUAUGCAACCGUUCGCAUCACACAAUGUUGCAUCAAUAUCCGAUCUCCUUUGAGACCGAGCCGCAACCUUCGACGUCACAGGCCAUGCAUAUUAGCAGCCUGCCUGACCGAGUCAUGUUAGCUACAGCCGUAGUUAAUGUAAAGGCCAGCUCCGGUCUUUACGUGCAAGCGCGAGCUCUACUUGACUCCGGUUCUCAAGUCAACUUUAUGACCGAAGAGCUUAUGCAGAAAUUGCGAAUCCGAAAAGAAAAAUUCGCUCUAAAUAUAGUUGGAAUUGGCAAUUCAAAUAUAAAGGUCCAAGGCAAGCUAAAAACUUAUAUAAAAUCGAGGAUCAACAAUUUUCAGUUUUCGGCGGACUUUUGGGUAAUGCGUUCGAUAUCAGUCAAUCAUCCUGAUCGGACUGUAAGCACAAAUGGCUGGAAAAUUCCACAAAAUAUUGAACUAGCUGACCCAAGUUUCUACAAAUGUCAUAAAAUAGACAUACUUUUAGGAGUUGAAAUAUUCUUUGAUCUGUUAUCGGUGGGUCAGAUCAGAACCAGCCCAAGGCAGCCAACGCUGCAAAAAACUGUGUUACGCUGGAUAAUUUCAGGCAAAUAUGCCACAAAUAAUAUCUCCAGUGCCCAAGUAAGUAGCACAUUAUGUCAAUUUGAAGAAAGCCUUGCUAGUAUUGAUACUACAAUCCGAAAAUUCUGGGAAUUGGAAGAAAUACCCGCACAAGUAAAUUCCACACGACUGACUCCAGAGCAGGCAAAAUGUGAGGAAUUUUUUUCGAAAACCACUCAGGUUUUACCAAGUGGAAUGCUUCAGGCGCUGGAGAGAAGGACGCUGAAAGAUCCAGUACUUCGUAAAAUGUACCUGGACUUCAUGCAAGAGUAUCUCGAAUUGGGGCAUAUGAGUCCAACAAAUAAUCGACUCCCGAGUGAGCCGCACUAUUUCAUUCCGCACCAGUGUGUGUUAAGACCGCAGAGCACAACUACCAAGUUGCGCGUAGUUUUUGAUGCUUCGAGUCGCACAUCAACACAAGUUGCGUUGAAUGAAACCUUGAUGGUCGGACCGAUCAUUCAAGAGGAGCUUUUUUCGACCCUCCUUCGCUUCCGAUUGCACAAAUAUGCCAUGACUGCCGACAUCACGAAGAUGUAUCGUCAAAUAUUGGUGCACGAAGACGACAGGAACUUCCAGCUCAUAGUGUGGAGACAGGAUCCAUCGGAGCAUUUGCAAAUUUUCCGAUUAAACACCGUAACAUACGGCACCAUUUCUCGCCACACGGUGUCUGCAAAUGCUAAGCGACAAACAUAA